UUCGCACUUGCAGCAGUAAAAAGUGUAAAUAGCAGACUACGCACGUUGUUUUCUUUUUAUUUACUGCAAUUUACACGGAAGACACACACAAUCAUGUUCAAUAAACCUUUUCGUGUCAAAUCCAACACUCCAAUCAAGGGAUCUGAAAGGAAGAAACUAAAAGCAGAGCUUCAGAAAUGUUAUCCGACCAUCACCGAAGAAGAUCUAACACUACUGAUCCCAAACAAAGAAGAAAUGUCGGUUAUGAAGAUUGAGACCCACGGAGGAGAAAUCGUUAGUGCUCAUGUUGUCGGCAAGAAGCCAAUUGUUUUCCACAUCAGGGACAAACUUUACCCUACUGUUUAUUUACUGUGGAUACUUCCUAACAAGCUCAUUCCCUACUUCACAACCUGGAAUGAGGUAGUACCAAAAUUUAGCAAUGGAGCAGACCUUAUGCUGCCUGGAAUUAUUGUCAAAGAAGAAAUGGGACUCAGAGCCUAUGGAAGACUGAAUAAAGGUGUAACUGUUGCUGUUAACAGCAACACAAAUUCAGCUGCUGUUGCUGUAGGGAUGACAGCUCUCUCAAGUGAAGAUAUGUACAUGGCUGGAAGAAGAGGCAAGGGUAUUGAAAUAUUGCACUGCAUUGGGGACUUUCUCUGGCAAGCUGGAACUAAAGAAUCUCCUCCUGAACUGGGACCUCCAGGCUCCCAGUCAGAUGCCAAAGUGACUGCACCCCAAGAUGCAACUGCUAAUACUGAAGAAGGAACUGAAAUAGCAGAAACAAAAGAGAGUGUGGAGCAAGCACCGGAUAUGAACCAACAACCGUCAUCCGAUGUUGGAGAUUCUGUCGAGGCUCCAGCUGAGCAAAAAAAUCCUCAAGAAACCAUGGACGAGCUCCUCAACUAUUGUUUCUUCAAAGCGCUCAAGACUAGUGCAAAGAAAAUUGAACUUCCAGUCCUGACUAGUAAUUUUUACCGGUUACACAUUGUGCCGGCGUGUCCAUCGGAGAAGACUCUGGACGUCAAGAAAUCAUCGUACAAGAAACUCUCAAAGUUUUUAGAUACUCUAAAGAAGGAAGGAGUGAUUGAUGUCAAAGAAUUUACCAAAGGCGUCGAGAGCAUUUCUGCCAUUCGAUACGACCACGAAAGGGUCCGUAGUUUCCGUGUGGAUAUCAACGACAAACCUGAACCGGCACCUGCGCUUGAAAAGGUCGGAGAAAUCGACAAAUAUCUUCCUCCUGUCAUAACCCGGAUGUACGCUAUCAAUGCCGUUUGUUUGCCGCUUUUCGCUGGAACUUAUCGAAAGGGGACAAAUUUGACGACGCAACAGAUCCGCCAAUACUUGACUGAAUACGUCCGAGUGAACCAGCUACAAAAUGCGACCAAUCCUAGUCAGGUGACGUUGGAUCCCAUUUUGAGUGACGUCAUGUUAAAAAAAGGCGAAGUAGCAGCUUCGCUUAGCUGGGAAGAGCUAAUGAGCCGCUGUCAAGCUAAACUUUCAACAGUUUAUGAAAUGAUCUUCCCAAACCAGUCGGCUCCCGUCAUCGUGAAAGGAGAGUUGGAGCCAGUCGAGAUUACCACGGCAUCGAGAGCUGGCAACAAGAAGGUCACCCUCAUCAGUGGCCUUGAGACGUACAGGAUCGACUUGGACGAAUUUGCUCGAAGGUGCCAAGUAGGCGUGGCGGCUAGCACAACAAUAACCAGCUCUCCAGCUAAAAAGGGUCAAUUGGUGUUGGUACAGGGUAACCAAAUUAGUUUUGUCGGAAAUUUGCUCAUCGAUGAAUACGGAAUUCCCAAGCAAUUUAUCCAAGGAUUCGACUUAAAAAAAGCCAAAAAUAAAAAAUAAUUUUUGCGAAAUUGUAUAAGAGAAUGGAAUCCGAAAUAAACAACACGGAAAGAUGGUGCCUGUUUAAUAUA